CAUUUUGCUUCCUGGCAUCAAUUCAAGGUGCACCUUCUCACGGGCAUCCUUGUCCCACCCGCUAGGUUGCGUGCUGAUUGUCUUCCCGUCCGAGUAACAGGAGACUCAGUGGCAGAGACAGCGUGCAGUGACAUCUAACGAGGGAGUGCAGAGCCCUGGAAGCCUGAGUUGCCCUCAUCCAAGAUGGCGCCGGAACCGUGCGCGCGGUCACCCCGGAGGGCGCGCGCGUGCUCAGCCCGCAGUCGCGGGCUCUGCGCUCGGGGGGCGGAUCUAUAGUGGGCGGGGGUCGUCACGUGGUGUGCAGCGGGGCCUUGAGUCACCCGUGUUCCCACCACCUCGACCGCCACCACCUCUACCAGUGUCACUUCUCCUGUACUGGAGAGAAGGAUGGAGCCUGUGACCAUGUCUUCCGAGGUCGGGGACAGACCAGGAGCCCCGUCUGGCUCGGGCCUCUCGGCUUCCCAGCGUCGGGCUGAGCUGCGGCGGAGAAAGCUGCUCAUGAACUCGGAACAGCGCAUCAACCGUAUCAUGGGCUUUCACAGGCCCGGGAGCGGCGCGGAAGAAGAAAGUCAAGGAAAAGCAAAGCAGCAGGAAGGUGAUAAACUCAACUCCCUCAGCGUUCCUUCGGUUUCAAAGCGAGUAGUGCUGGGUGAUUCUGCCAGUACAGGGACAACAGACCCACAGGGCGAUGUGGCAGAAGUAAAGGGGACCCAGCUGGGAGACAAAUUGGACUCUUUCAUGAAACCACCGGAGUGUACUACUGAUGUCAACCUUGAGCUCCGGCAGCGGAACAGAGGGGACCUGACAGCGGACAGUGUCCAAAGGGGGCCUCACCAUGGUCUAGAACAGUACCUUUCCAGAUUUGAAGAAGCAAUGAAGCUGCGGAAACAGCUGAUCAGUGAAAAACCCCAUCAAGAGGAUGGAAGUACAACAGAGGAAUUUGACUCUUUUCGAAUAUUUAGAUUGGUGGGAUGUGCUCUUCUUGCUCUUGGUGUCAGAGCUUUUGUUUGCAAAUACUUGUCCAUAUUUGCUCCAUUUCUUACUUUACAACUUGCGUACAUGGGACUAUACAAAUAUUUCCCCAAGAGUGAAAAGAAGAUAAAGACAACAGUGCUAACGGCUGCACUUCUGCUGUCUGGAAUUCCUGCUGAAGUGAUCAAUCGGUCAAUGGAUACUUACAGCAAAAUGGGAGAAGUCUUCACAGAUCUUUGUGUCUACUUUUUCACUUUUAUCUUUUGUCAUGAACUGCUUGAUUAUUGGGGCUCCGAAGUACCAUGAAGCAUGCAGAACUCAGAAGGAGAAGCUAAAUAAAAAAAAAAUUUCUUCUGUAUUGCAUUGUCUCUAAAGGAGGCAAAUUGGCUUACAUCUUUAUGUGUUUCUUCUACUUUGUAGGGAUUGUAACGCCACUUUACUAAGAAUGGAAUGACUGGUUCACGGGUUUAAAAGGGUUGAGUUUGCAUUAGUACUGCUCUGAAGAACAGAGUACCAGUGUCAUUGAUGAUUUUUCUUCUUUAAUUAGACUCCCUAGUCUGUAUCUUUCCUCUGGCUUCCCAGAUUUGUAUGCCUCUUUUGGGGGCUGAGCUAGUGAUUUUAGAAAAGCAGAUAAAUAUGGUUCCAACUAUCCCUGUGGAUAGCUUCUUGUAUUUGUGUCAUUCUGUCCUCAGAACGGAAACCAUCUUAAAAAUAAAAUGAAAGAAACUGGA